CCCCAAUCUCGGACGACCAAAAACUCUAUUUAGAUAUUUUUUUCCCACGUCCCCACGGGAAUUAACACGCCUCCUUCCUGGCACCGGGCUCCCCCUCAAAAUUCUCAAAUCCACCAAUCUCCCCCCCGUCUCCAUCCCAAUUCCAUGGUGCAAUAGCAGCUUAGCCGCGUUUUGUUUCCUCGCCGUCGCGCCGUCGACGGUCCGCCUGAUCCCAUGGACGCCUCCGCUGGAGCCGGAUCCGGCAAUGCCCCUGGCGCCGGCGCCGGCGCCGGCGCGUCAUCUUGCUGCUACUACGCCCUGCUCGGCAUCCGUAAGAACGCCUCCUCCACCGACAUACGCGCCGCCUACCGUCGGCUCGCCAUGAAGUGGCACCCGGAUCGGUGGGCCAGCGACCCCGGCGCGACGGGCGAGGCGAAGCGGCGGUUCCAGCGGAUCCAGGAGGCCUACUCCGUUUUGUCCGACAAGGGGAAGAGGGCCAUGUACGACGCUGGCCUCUUUGAUCCCCUCCACGACGACGACCAGGAUUUCUCGGACUUCAUGCAGGAGAUGCUAGUGAUGAUGGAUAGCGUGAAAAACGAGAAGCCGGACACGCUCGAAGACCUGCAGAAGAUGCUAGAUGACAUAGUCAACGGCGACGGCGGUAGCCGCGCCACUGCUGGUGCUGGUGGUAGCGGCGGCGGAGGCGGUGGCUGCGGCGGUCGCGUUCCACCGGAGGCCAACCGCAGAACUCGUGUCGCCCCUUACCCGCAGCCUUCGCGAAGGUGAUGGACGCGCCGGUGCACGUGAUGUGCACGCACCGCUGCGCUUGUAGGAGAGAGAUCAGAGCAAGAAGAGAGCAACCAGCGUGAAAAAAACCAUUAGCAAAUCAGAAUUGUUGCUCAAUCCCAUUGUCGGGGUGGUUACAACUUAGUGUUUAGAUCAUCUUUGAUGACAAUUGACGCCGUCGAUCUGUUUAAUUGUGUUACUUUGGCUGGUUGGUGCUUCGGCCGCGGCCAAGAAUUGGCGUGGAUGCGCGGCCGCCCAAAGAUUCUAUCACCUUUCCGGACAUUUCGAUCCUCAGUUAAAUUUGUUCUCCCAAUUGUUGCUCGAAUAUACCUCAUCUCCAUUAA